AUGAACGACAGUAGGAAGACUGCAGUCAUCAACACCGAAUUGAAAAGGCUGAACAUCGACAUAACGGCGCUGCAAGAGACCAGGCUCGCCGCAGACGGCAUGCUACGGGAGAAGGACUACACCUUCUACUGGCAGGGGAGACCCGUCGAGGAGGCCCGCCAGCAUGGCGUGGGGUUUGCCGUGAGGAACAGCUUGCUCCCCAUGGUGAUCCCUCCUUCAAAUGGCUCAGAGCGCAUCCUCACUCUUAACCUUGCAACAUCAACGGGGAAGGCAAACAUAAUUAGUGCUUAUGUCCCAACACUCCACUCUCCUCAGGAAAUAAAAGACCGGUUCUAUGAGGAGCUCGACGCCACCAUCAGCCAGAUACCAGGGUCGGAGCCCAUCUUCCUUCUGGGCGACUUCAACGCAAGGGUGGAAUCCGAUCAUGGGGCAUGGCCAGAUUGCCUUGGACGCUUUGGCGUGGGGAAGGUGAAUGAGAAUGGCCAGAGACUGUUGGAGCUUUGCUCUUACCGGAAACUUUGCGUUUCCAACACAUUCUUCAUGACUAAGCCGCAUCACCAGGUCUCAUGGAGGCACCCAAGGUCCGGACACUGGCACCAACUGGACAUGGUCAUCACCCGGCGAGCCCACCUCGGCAGUGUGCUUCUCAUACGCAGCUACCAUGGUGCUGACUGUGAUACAGACCACUCUUUGGUGUGCAGCAGGGUCCGAUUGGCCCCAAAGAAAAUCAACCGUCCCGUAGGGAAAAGCCGACCACGCAUCAACACCGCCAGGACAACCAACCCCGACCUCCGCUCGAAAUUCACCAAACGCAUGGAGGAGGCCCUUAAAGAUCACGCAGCCACGACCAUCGAGGAGAGAUGGCAGAUUAUUCGCGACACCACUUGCAGAAUAGCCAUGUCAUCACUAGGAAAGAGGGAGCGGAGAAAUCAAGACUGGUUUGAAGCCUGA